AUGACCUCGCGGCGCAUCUCUCUGAGCGCCAGAUCACUCGCUCGGCCUUCGCUUUGGUUCUGCCGACCACUGCAUACGUUAACACAGCUGUCAGAAGCUCAGAGUGCGACGUCAGAUACGCAAAAGAGACAGGGCAUACACCCAGACGAACUCAAGGAGCUCCUUGCCAAGCCCAUCUGGUCCGUCGAAUCGCUGCUACCGCCGAAGACACGGGCUCCAGAUGCACCCAAAAUUACGUCGAAGCAGUUGCAUCACUUGCUACGGCUCUCUGCGUUGCCGCUGCCCGAGACACCUAAUCAAGAGCAGAAGAUGUUGGACACACUCGCUGCGCAGCUGCACUUUGUGGGCGAGAUACAGCGAGUUGACACAACAGGCGUCAGGCCACUGCGAGCGAUCCGUGAUGAGACAAAGAGGGCGGAGGAAGAGCAGACAAUCGGGCUGGGCACACUCAAAGAGGCCUUGGCGAGAGAGAAGACCGUUGGCGAGUGGCAUAGGCGUAUACAGAGGGAUGCCACGCCAGUUGAUGCAAAGGAUGCUGAAGACUGGGAUGUUCUGGGCUCAGCUGAGAAGAAGGCCGGCAAAUACUUCGUUGUAGAAAGCGAGGGACCACCAGAAUAA